UUUUUCUCGCACUCUAACCAUCUCUACUGUUUAUGCAGCCUAUAUAAAGCACUCUAAGAUUCCAUUCUCUCUGUUAAACCCUACUCCCUUCAAAGCUCAAAUCUUGAAUCCCCUUCGAGUCACACGACCGACUCGACUCACUCACUCUCUAAUGGCGAUCAUCUCCGAUUUCAACGAAGAUGACCACAAAGAAACUCGCACCAAACUCUCAUCUUCCUCCUCUCAAUCCCCUUCUUCUUCUUCCUCUUCCUCCUCAUCGUUCAGCGCCAGCUUCGAUCCCUCAAAUCCCGUCGCUUUUCUCCAGAAGGUCUUCGAUUUCGUCAACCAAGAAAGUGACUUCUUUGGAACUGACGCGGCAGAGAAAGAGAUCGCCUCACUGGCACGUGCCACUAGGGACAAGCGCAAGAAGAAAGCGGAGGAGCUCAAGGCUGCCGCCGCCGCCGAGGCUGAAGCCAAAAAGAAGGCAGAGAAGAGGCUGAAGGAGGAGAAGGAGCACAAGUCUGCUCAAGACACGAAGAAACAAGAAUCUGCUGCUAAAAUAGUUCCUAACAAAGGUAAUGGUAUGGAUCUGGAGAAAUAUUCCUGGACUCAGACUCUACAGGAGGUCACUGUUAAUGUUCCGGUGCCAAGUGGAACCAAAUCAAGGUUUGUUAUCUGUGAGAUUAAGAAGAACCAUAUAAAAGUUGGACUUAAAGGCCAGCCACCAAUUAUUGAGGGGGAACUAUAUAAGCCUGUCAAGCCUGAUGACUGCUAUUGGAGCAUAGAGGAUCAAAGUGCGAUUUCUAUCCUUUUAACCAAGCAUGAUCAAAUGGAGUGGUGGAAAUGCUUGGUAAAAGGUGAUCCUGAAAUUGAUACCCAAAAAGUUGAACCUGAGAAUAGCAAACUUUCUGAUCUCGAUCCAGAGACUCGGCAGACUGUUGAAAAAAUGAUGUUUGAUCAGAGGCAAAAGUCAAUGGGUCUUCCAACCAGUGAUGAACUCCAAAAGCAAGAACUCCUAAAGAAAUUUAUGGCUGAGCAUCCGGAGAUGGACUUCUCAAGGGCAAAAAUAGCAUAAGCGCUGUGUUACUAUUGGCGUUGUUCUUUUUUGUUUUAGUUCAUUGUUAUUACUUAUUACUAGUCCGACAUCACGUGCCAGCUUUUCUCUUUUACUAGUGUUAUUUAUGGUUCCCAUUUAGUGUCUUUCUGUCUCAUUUUUGUGUUCUGAACGCUGAACUUGUUCAUAAAUCAUAAUUAUCUAGUGUUUUGGGAGAAAUUCAACUUUUAAUAUAAAUAUGGUAUGAUAGAUUGAUGGGA